UUACAACAAAACCCUCUCUGUAAACCAAAAACCACUAGUUUGCCUCAAACCCUAGAAGAUGGAAGACGAUGAACAAACCAAGAACGACGACGUACGAGCAAUCGAUGCCAAAGGUCAGCAAUCCGGCAAGAAGAGAAAAAAGCCCAAGGAAGUUGCCAUCUUCGGCAACUACAGAAACUACUACAGUUAUCGCAUUGAUCAAGGCUUGGAAGAAGAUCCUAGGAUAAAGAUUAUGAAGAAGGAAUGGUUUGAAGGGAAAGAUUGUCUUGAUAUUGGCUGCAAUAGUGGGUUGAUAACCAUUACAAUUGCAAAAAAGUUUGGUUGCCGGAAAAUCCUAGGAAUCGACAUAGAUUCAGCUCGAAUUGACGAUGCCCAUUGGAAUCUUCGGAAAAUUGUGAAGAUGAGUGAACGUAAGAAGCAUCCACCGGCUGACAAGUCAAAAGAUACUGGAACGGAUGGUAUAACCAAUUUACGAGAUAAAAUGAGCAUUGAAAUUUCAGGGGAUUCUCCUGCUUCACAUCUGUUUGAUCGAGUCUCUUUCAGGAAAGAUAAUUUCGUUCAAGGUUGGCCCACACCAAGCGAUAAACUCUACGAUACCAUUCUUUGCCUAAGUGUUUCAAAAUGGAUCCAUUUGAAUUGGGGUGACGAGGGUUUAAUAACACUGUUCUCGAAGGUUUGGCGGCUUCUUCAACCUGGUGGAGUUUUUAUCUUGGAACCUCAGCCGUGGAAAUCAUAUGUCAGUAACCGUCAAGUGUCAGAGGUAGCAACAACUAACUACAAGAAUCUUGAGAUUUUCCCAGAAAGAUUUCAGGAGAUUCUACUAGAUAAGAUUGGAUUUCGGGAAAUCGAGAACUUGAGUUCCAGUUUAUCCGGAAGCAAAAUCGGAUUUAACCGGCCGGUUUUAGCUCUACGGAAGUGAGUAGAUGUGGCCUUUGGGUAUCCAUUUUUGAGGUCUCCUGGAAACCCUUUGUAACUAUGAGGAUGAAUUGUGAACGAACAUGGUUCAUGGAAACAAAAACUCAUAUAAUACCAAUAUUUUGGUUUUAAAUU